AUGCUUGGUGGAAACUGUUCAGCCUGUUGCGUGGAUCUUGACAGUGUCGCUGGGGAGCAUGCCGGCGUAUUCGGAAAAGUGCACAGACUAGGAGGGGUCUUGACGCAUAGCCCAGCUAUAUUGUACUGGGCGUCCACUGCGAAUCCUUACUCUGGGGUGACGAGCUUUGCCAUUGCAACAUCCACCGGUGCCGUCAUCCUGAACGAAAGCCAGGGGCGCUGGACCACUGAAAUCGGCGAACGGUGUCUUGGCGCACCGGAAGUGAUGGCUGUGGAUUGGCUAUCCCCGAACGUUGUAAUAAAGGGUUGUAAAGACGGCGGAGUGCGGCUGUGGGACAUCAGAAGUCACGGGGAAAGUCGGGAAAGUCGCAUUCAGCAUGCAAGCCAGAUCAACCAUGCGAGGAGAAUCGAUGAGAUCACGAUAGUGGUUGCAGGACUGGACAGUCAGGAUCUGCGCUUUCCAUCUGAUCUCGCGACCUCUGGCCAAGUAACACGACCUUACAAUCGGUUCCCCUCCUACGAAAACUCCGACCUUGGACAUCUGGCAACCGGAUUCGACGUUCAUGGCGAUCUCGUUGCUGCCGUUACAGACGACGCUCGCGUUAUAAUUUGGGACGUCAAGCGCGGUUUUGAGCUGAAGCAGGCGAGAUGGAGAAGUACCAAACCGACAGGGGAUUCCAUCUGCGUACGAUUUGUUAAUGGAGGCAGCGAUAGGAAGGUGCUACGAUUGAUGACCGCGGCUGGGUUGGCGGUUACUGAGUUCGCUUGGUGA